AUGCCUCGCCCACGACGCGGCUCCACGACCUCGAGCACCACCGCCUCUGCCCGCGAUGUCCCCGCCAUGGGCGGCCAGGAGAUGGGGUCUAUGUACGACUACCUCGCGAAAAUCAUCCUCCUAGGCCCGUCGGGCUGCGGGAAAUCCUGCCUCCUGCACCGCUUCGUCAAAUCCGAAUGGCGCGUCCUCUCCUCGCAAACGAUCGGCGUCGAAUUCGCGUCCAAAAUCGUCAAGGUCGGCGUGCAGGGCUCCCGGCGCAAGAGAGUCAAGCUCCAGCUCUGGGACACCGCGGGGACGGAGCGCUUCCGGAGCGUGUCGCGCUCGUAUUAUCGAGGCGCGGCGGGCGCAGUGCUGGUGUACGAUGUGUGUAAUCAGCGGAGUUUUGCGGAGUUGCAGACGUUUCUGAAUGAUGCAAGGGCAUUGGCGAGUCCGCAGUUGACGGUGGUGGUGGCGGGGAAUAAGGCGGAUUUGGUGGAGGCGUCGACGGCGGGGUUGGCGGAGGAGCAGCAGGUGGAGAGGCCGGCGGUGUGGAGUGGGAGCCUGGUCGAGGACGAUGGAGCGAGUAGUGUGGGUGGGAGUUUGCAGAGGAGCAGUACGAUGGGGAUUAGUCUGGGGAGUCAACAACGGGCUACGGUGAAUGCUACGGGGAGAGCUGUGAGUGGUUCGACCGCGGCGAACUGGGCGAGUCAGAAUAGAAUACCUGCGGCCGUGGAGGUCUCUGCUCUGAGCGGAGAGGGCGUGGAUGAGGUGUUCAACAAGCUGGCGAGUACGAUCUUGACGAAGAUCGAGCUGGGGGAGAUCGACCUGGACGAUCCUAUGAGCGGGAUCCAGUACGGGGAUGCGGAUUACUAUCGCUACGACGACGGAGGCUCGAGUAUCAAGUCCGGAGGCCUGACGAGUGACGGGUACGGGGGGAGUAUGAGACGAAGGAGAAAGCGAGGAGGCUGGGGCGAGGUCUUCAAAGUCGGACGACCGAGCAGCAGUGCUGGAGGUGGUGGAGGAGGGCGGAGAGGCUGCUGCUGA